AACUUGUCCUUCUGGGCAGAGCACGCCUCGUUCAACCUUUGCUCAACAUUACUCCAUUUUACAGACAAAGCUGAAGAAAAUGUAGCGCAGGCCGAUGUGACACAUACAGACAGCAGCUGAAGCUGGAGGAGACCACACACAGGUGACCAGAGCCUCGUGUGACUGCAGCAGGAGGAACCCGGCCCACAAACUCAACACACAAACAGGAUGAUAGCACUGCCGCCACCUUUCACUUGACAUUGAACCGAGGAGUCCCCCUGUCACUCAACCUUGCCACCUAGUGGAGCUCUGAAGGCUUGACUCCCUCCCGGUCAACAGGGAUCCUUCAGACAGCUACCUCCCUCAUCUGGGGAGAUGCCUGCCCUGCAACUGUUCCCUCAGAUCCCGUUUAUCUGAUCCCUGCUGACGGCAGUGCAACACUAACCAGCUUAGGCACAAACGUCCCUUUCAGAUAAAGGAAUUAAAAGCUCCUCUCCAGCUGAAGUUUUGAACAUCCGCUGGAUCUUGUAGAAAGAGAGGCCACCCAAAAAACAUUUCUGUGACUGACAUUAUGUGUGAUAUACACCCACGAUACAUGGAUACAUGCCAGAGUUAAUGAAAGAGACAGGUCUCACCCAACAAGAGGCACACUGAGCCACACAGGAGACGUCACACCCCGUAAGAGCCCACGCAGACAAAAGCAAAGCCAGAUGGAUCCAGCAGCAAAUGGCUCAGGUUUUACAGCUGCACCAACAGCGACACAAAAUGCCUCCUUCACGAAGCCGUCGGGCACAUACACCUCUCACAACUGGCAGUUCCUGGUGGCCGUCCUCGGCGCAGCCAUCUCCAUCUCCAUCAUCAUCGCCCUUCUGGCCAAAUGCCAGGUGGUCCGGCGUUACCUGGCCAGCUACAGGCACACGAGGCUGAGGGAGACAGACGCCGUCAGCCAGUGUGACUCGUCAGGCCUGGAGGUGGAAUUUGCAAUGCACGGGACUCGUGGGAACAACCUCCACUGCAUGCCUCCCGUGAGCGAGGAGGACGAUGACGGCUUCAUCGAGGACAACUACAUCCCGGCCAGCGAGAGAGCGAGGGCUGAGAGAGCGGCGGAGAACAUGGAGGACACGGAGGACACGGAGGACGAGAUGGACGAAAUUGAGUUCUCCAUCGCCUGACAGGGCGGCCUCUCUCCACCUGCUCCUCCACCGCCGUGCAAAACCCACCGAUUCCACUCCAAACAUCUUCUUUGUUUUUACGUUCGUGUGAGGAAGAGACAUGCUGUCGAUCACAAAAUGGGUACUUGGGGAAACAGUUUUUAAGUUCAGGAAAGCAAGGUGCUUGAUCAGUGCAGCGGUCCUCAAUGUGCAAUCUGAAGAUCCACAAAAAAGAAUUUCAGAAUGUACUUAGAAUAAUAUAUUGUGCCUUAUUUGAAAGUAUACUGACAACAGUAACAGCAUAUAUGUUUCUCAGUUAUAAGUGAUAAUCAAAAGAAUCAGAGUUUGUCCUGAAACAAGGAGUAAGAAAGAGGUUAAAGGGUCCUCUGUGAAUACGAACAUUUGCCAAGUUUUGGCAGUUUUUAUUAUUGUGUGAGUUGAUUUGUUUAUUGAUUACUUGAUUUGACAGCACAGGGUAUGCAAAACACCUCUGUACGAUUUCAACCAAUAGCCAUAGUUGUAUUGAAUGUAAUCAGGAAACUACUUUGCACUGUCAUGUUUUGUCAGUGAAGGGACCGUGCAGUUACAGCAUGCAUGGGUGUAAAACAAGACCAAAGCCCAGUCCGGCCUUUCUACAGAGCUCUCGGCGGCAUCGGAGCAAGAUAAGGACUCUGUGAUGCUCUGCAAAAAUCAGAGCUCUUAGACAGAUCAAUAGCUGCACAAGAAGAGACAAAAAGGCCUCGAGGAAAAUAUCAGGUAAUAUCUUUGCAAUUGUGUCGUUCCAGCAUCACUGUACGUUAUGAUUUUUUUCUUCUUUUUCUCAGGUUCAGUACAAUAUGUGUCAUACAGGUCUUCAGAUGUUCUCAGAACAGGUACGCCUGCUGCUACAUUAUAAAUGUAGGCUGGUUCAAUUAUAGUAAAAGCAUUAGCCUACUUGUAACUAGUUACUUUCCACUUCACUGCUAUUUUUAGAGGAUUAACAAUAGACUCAUGGGGCUGUGCAUUGAGACAGUGCUGCUCUAUCUACAUCCUGUAAAAUUGUGACCUCAAUAAAAAAAAAAAAA